GAUAAGAAUAUAGCUUGUCUUGAAAUUGAAGCUAAAGGUCUACGAUUUUACAGAGACAAUAACUUAACAGAUUGAGAUGUUUUCACCUAUACAAAAACAAGCUGUAGCUUUUUAUUUAAAGAGCCUAGAAAAUCAAAGAGUUGUCUUAGCACCUGCGUUGGAUUCUAUUAUGAAUGCUAUUGAAGAAUGCAAAAGCUCUUUGACUUUCGAAAGUGGGAACAAAAAAAGCUUUGUAGAACUCGUGCAACUGUUAGAAGAAACGAACAGCCAAAAUGUGGACAGAUUUUCUACUAUUUUAAAAGAGAAUGGUUUCUCAGAAACAACACUGAUACAAAACACAGCUAAUUGUUUCUCAACCAGUCAAGAUAAUUCUUCACCAGAUCAAUUACAGUCUGUCGAUUUAUUUAAUAAGACAGGUCUCGAAUUUCAACAAAAACUUGACGCGGCGUCUGAUCUGAUUGAAAGAAAUCAUCGUGUGAUACAAGAAAAUAUCCAUGCUUUAAAUGACAGGCUACAAAAUAUUGAAACAAAGCAGCUGUCUGACAAGAAAAAAUCUAAACAGUAUAGGAGGUUGGUGGUUGAAACAGAGAGAAACUUGAAAACUCUGACUGAUAAGAUUGAUGAACAAAAUGGGUUGACAAAGCAAAUUACUGAACAGAUAAAGGACAUGAGGAGCUGUGUAAAUAAAGCAAGGGACUCUGCAAAUGACAAUAAAAAGAAAAUAGACAUACUGGAAAAUAAAGUUAACAGCGUCAUCAUCAAAUCAAAUAAUUUUGAAGUGUCAAACGAACAACUGUCUGAAAAGCAAAUUCAACUAGGUUUACAUGUUGAGACUAUUGAUCAAAAACAUACUAAUGUUGAUUUAAAGUGUGGAACUAUGUGCCAAAUGCUUGCCAAGAGAUUUAAAAGCUUAGAGUAUGUAAAUGAUGUUUUAUCGAAACUCUCCUUAUCCAAGGGUGAAACUUUCCUUCAGAUAAAUGAGAGAUUACACGAAUUAGAGCGAUCGUACGGAAUCACUCGUGUAGGAUUUAGCGCAAUGAUUUGGAGUGGCUUGAAAGUCAGAACCGGAGAUGUGAUUAGUGAUUUCUCCGACGUUUACUUCAAUCAUGGCGGACAUUUUGAUCCCACCAGUGGCGAGUUUACCGUACCGUCAGAUGGGAUUUAUUGUAUUAGUUUAAGUGUUUACAAACAAGUCGUUGGUGACGUAAAAAUCGAAUUAGUUCUUGUAGCAAACGUAGAUGACGAAGAACAUGAAGAAACAGACAUCACAAUAAUAUUUGAUGUUGACACAUCUAGUGGAAGAAACUAUUAUAUAUCUUAUGACGUACUAGAAACAGGAAACAUAUUAUUUUUAAAAGUUACAGCAGCUGAUGAGGAUUUCGAGUUUGGAAAAUACUCCGUUAUCACAUGCUAUAAAAUCUAAAGAAAAAAAAAUGAAUUACUUGUUUCUUCACUCAAAACGUCUCAACAGUUUCUUGGAUUAAAAGUGUUUACUUGUAUUGUGAUUAAAUGUAUACCUUAAAACUAAUUUUAAUUUUUAAAAAAAAAGAAACUUUGUAGGAGGACUCUGCUAUGGAUAUGAUUGUUUAGAAAUGAAGAUCGUUUUAUGUGUCUCAAUUUACUCUACAUAACAGCCAAGCUGCUUAUGAUAUUUUUAUAUUAUUUUCCUAUAAUCCAAAAUUUAUUUUAGCUCUAGUUAUAUACCCCUCAACCCACACCUCUAAAAAAAGUGCUCUUCAAUUUUUAUUUCUCUUUUCUACAAUACAUCGAAUCACUGUUUAAUUAAAAAAUUUCAGUGUUUGAAAUUAUACAUUUUGUAUAGGGCAGUAUAUGUGAGCCAUCUUCAGUAAAUGAAAGUACAUGUCAGAAAGAAGCAAUAUUAUUUCUAUUGUAAAUCUUUAUCAGUCCUCACAAAGCGGUGAAUAUGAUGAAGACUGUAAUAAUGUAUAGUUCAUACUAAAGCGAAAAUGUCAAGACAAACUGACGCUGUAAAUUACACUCUAAGGGAGAGAAAAAAUUACUCUAUGUAUCACGAAAAGGGAAAUCCUAUAAUAAAAACA